AUGUUACUAGAAAAAAUUCUUUUCCCUGCACCAAAUCCUUCACAUUAUACAUUAACAUCACACGAAGAACAUCUACUUUGGAUUCCAUCUAAGAACUAUUCAAAUGAAACACCGGCAAUCCCGUGUAUGCUAUAUUCACCAUCACACGAAGCUCGAGCUUUCAUUAUCUGGUGUCAUGGUAAUGGAUGUGAUAUUGGUAGUAUGGAUACGACAUUUACAGCACUUAGUCUUCGUCUUCGAGUCCAUAUACUUGCUUUCGAAUAUCCUUCUUAUGGUUUAUUGAAAGGAAUAACAUCAACACCAAGUGAAACAUCGAUUAAUAAACAUGCUCAAUGUGCCUAUUCCUUUGUUCGUGAUACACUUAAAUGGCCAACGAAUCGAAUAAUUAUCUAUGGGCAUUCAAUAGGAAGUGGUGCUGCAUGUCAUCUUAGUGCGGAACAAGAAGUCGGCGCACUUAUACUUCAAUCUCCUUAUACAUCAAUCAGCAAUUUAAUUCGAGAGAAAAUUGGUGUUUUAUCAAGUAUAAUCAGCAGUUCGUUUUGGAAUAAUUAUGAAGCAAUGAAACAUAUUGCAUGUCCAACACUCUUCAUACACGGAGAACGCGACAAUCUAAUACCAUCACAGCAUUCUCAAACAUUGUACGAUUCUUUCAAAUCCACAGGCAACAAGGAGCUUGUGCUGUUACCCGAUGAUGAUCACAAUUCAAUAUCUGAUCCAAUUCUUAACAUAAACAUAAAACCAUUUAUCGAUAAGUAUUUCGAAUCAACAACAGAAUCAAUGCCUGAGGUUCGAAUUGAUCCAGCUUUACGUCAGCCACCAACUAUAGAUUCCACUUCAAACUCUACUCCUUGGCGGUUGCCGACGUUAAGUAGCGUCACAAAUGCGUCAAAAUCAAUGUUCAACUCACUCAGUGGAAAGCCGAAAGACGAUAAAGACUAG